UUUUGUUUCAGGACAAACACCACGAUGCUGCUCAUGAAAUUAUUGAGACCAUUCGGUGGGUCUGUGAAGAAAUCCCAGAUCUCAAGCUUGCCAUGGAAAACUACGUUUUAAUUGACUAUGACACGAAAAGCUUUGAGAGCAUGCAGAGACUGUGUGACAAGUACAACCGAGCCAUCGACAGCAUCCACCAGUUGUGGAAGGGGACGACGCAGCCCAUGAAGCUGAACACGCGUCCCUCCAACGGGCUGCUCCGGCACAUCCUGCAGCAGGUCUACAACCACUCGGUCACCGACCCCGAGAAACUCAACAACUACGAGCCCUUCUCCCCAGAGGUCUAUGGGGAAACCUCCUUUGACCUGGUGGCCCAGAUGAUCGAUGAGAUCAAGAUGACAGAGGACGAUCUGUUCGUCGACUUGGGCAGCGGUGUGGGGCAGGUGGUGCUUCAAGUGGCUGCAGCCACCAACUGCAAACAUCACUAUGGAGUGGAGAAGGCCGACAUUCCAGCCAAGUAUGCUGAGACCAUGGACAGGGAGUUCAGGAAGUGGAUGAAGUGGUAUGGGAAAAAACACGCAGAAUACACACUGGAAAGAGGUGACUUCCUCUCAGAAGAAUGGAGGGAGAGAAUUGCAAACACAAGUGUUAUUUUUGUGAAUAACUUUGCCUUCGGCCCCGAGGUGGAUCACCAGCUGAAGGAGCGAUUUGCCAACAUGAAGGAAGGUGGGAGAAUUGUGUCCUCAAAACCUUUUGCACCUCUAAAUUUUAGAAUUAACAGUCGAAACUUGAGUGAUAUUGGCACUAUAAUGAGAGUUGUGGAGCUGUCACCCCUGAAGGGAUCCGUGUCCUGGACAGGGAAACCAGUCUCCUACUACCUGCAUACUAUAGACAGAACCAUAGUGAGUAUGGGAAUGCUUUUCACGGUGCUUUGGGGAUUUACAGACCUGUAA